CUAAGGAGACAGAUUCCAAAUAUAGUGCAUUUAGGAAAAUGUUCAAUCGGUGCACAGACCUUGCUCCUUCAAGUAAAAAAUUCCUCACAUCUAAUUAUACAUAAGAGAGUUCAUAUGAGAGAGAAUCCCUUUGAAUGCAGUGAAUUCAGGAAAGCCUUCUGUGAGACAUCUCACCUUUUUAGACACCGGAUAACUCAUACUGGGGAGAAACCCUGUGAAUGUACUGAAUGUGGGAAGACCUCCCCUCGGCAAACACAGUUCAUUAUACAUCAGAGAACGCAUACUGGAGAGAAGCCCUAUAAGUGUAGUGAAUGUGGGAAAACUUUCUGCUAACAGUCCCACCUCAUGGGACAUCAAAUAAUUCAUACAGGAGAAAACCCUUACGUGUGUACUGACUGUGGGAAGGCCAUUUCUCAGAUCUCACACCUCCCUGGCCAUCAAAGGCUUCAUACUGGAGGGAAACCUUAUAUGUGUAUUGAAUGUGGAAAAUCCUUCUCUCAGAAAUCACCUCUUAUCAUACACCAGAGAAUUCAUACAGGGGAGAAACCUUAUGAGUGUGGCGAAUGUGGCAAAACCUUCUCCCAGAAAUCACCCCUCAUUAUUCAUCAGAGAGUUCACACAGGGGAGAAGCCCUAUGAGUGUACUGAGUGUGGGAGGGCCUUUUCCCUGAAGUUACAUCUCAUUCUACAUCAGAGAGCUCAUACUGGAGAGAAACCCUAUGAAUGUAGUGAAUGUGGAAAAGCCUUCUGUGAGAAGUCUCCACUCAUUAUACAUCAGAAAACUCAUCCUAGGGAGAAAUCCCCUGAAUGUACUGAGUUUGGAAUGACUUUUUCCAGAAAUCACAGAUGAUUACACAUCAGAGAAGACACUGGGGAGAAGCCCUCCAGAUGCAGUGACUGUGGGAAGGCCUUCUGCCAACAUGUAUACUUCUCUGGGCAUCAGAAUCCGUAUAGGAAACACGCCUUGUAUAUAUGCUGAUUGUGGGAAGGCCUUUUCCCAGAAGUCAGUCCUCACUGUGCAUGGGAAAAUUCACAUUAAAGAGAAAUGGUGGCAACUUCUCAACUGUAGAAUAGACUCAUAUGUUCCUCAGUACAUAUGAUCUUCCUGCCACAGAAUGAUCUGGUCAAGCUCUCAGAAUGCUUUCAACACCAUAAAUAUGGAAUCGAUUUGCUCACCCUCAAACUAUCUCAGCCCCUUUCACAGAAUAAAUACAUCUGGAAGAAUUAGCA